ACCAAACAGCACCUUACAGUCGACAGCUAAUAAUCGCCUUCUCCAAUUUCUGCUUUACCGAAGAGGCAAAAACCUUCCAAAUUCGGUUCAGAAAUAACCUCAAUUUUGUCUUUCAUUUCUUCACCGUAUCGCCAUGGCAUCUAAUGGAGCUUCCCGGGGGGCGGAAGAUACAAAGACCAGCUUGGAGAAGAUCAAGCGGCAGUUAGCUUCCGGGUCGGGUCGCAAUUUGCUCCAGGGUCCGCUCCUCAAACGAUCCGAGACUCUGAGGAAAUGGAAUGAGAGAUGGGUGAUCUUAGACCCUACAACCGGAAAAAUGGAAUACAAGGCCAAAAGGAAUGAGCCAACAGUCAAGGGGACCAUUUUAUUUGAUGCAAAUAGCACGAUAACAAUUUCUCCUGUUAAUUUACAUGGACUUCCAAAGUAUGAUGGCUGUUGUUUCUAUAUUGGGACGCCACAGAAGAAGGACUACUUCCUAUGCGCAGAAACCCCAGCAGCAGCUAGAGCUUGGGUGUCUACAUUACAGGCAACACAGCUGGUUUUAAGGGCUCAUAAAGAGGCUGUAAAUUCACUUAGUGGGAAUGGUUCAAACAAGCUGGGAACAGUUGCCACUGUAGUUGCUGCUGCUAAUUCAACUGCCCUAGAGGCUUCAAAGGAUAUUGAAGCUGCAAUGCAAAUCUCCAUGAGAAAUGCUUUAGGAGCAAUGAGGAUCCAGACACCUGACAGCCCUAUGGAUGAUAUGUCAAUUAUGAAGGAGACACUUAGAGUUAAGGAUGAAGAGUUGCAAAAUUUGGCUAGGGAACUUCGUGCAAAGGACUCAACAAUAAAAGAAUUAGCAGAUAAACUAUCUGAAACUGCUGAAGCUGCAGAGGGUGCUGCUUCUGCAGCCCAUACCAUGGAUGAGCAAAGGAAAAUUGCAUUUGCAGAGGUAGAGCGCUUAAGAAGAGAUUCAGAAAAGCAAAUGGAGUCAUCUAUGUCAAAGUUGCGGGAAUUUGAAGAAAAGAUUUCCUCUCUGGUUAAGGAAAGAGAUGAAGUGAUAAAACAUAGAGAUUCCGCCCUUCAGGAAGCACUUUUAUGGCGUACGGAGCUUGGAAAAGCCAGAGAACGUGUGGUCAUUUUGGAAGGUGCAGUUUUUCGGGCAGAAGAAAAGGUCAGAGUUACUGAGGCUGAUGCUGAAGCUAGAGUGAAGGAGGCAGCACAAAGAGAGGCUGCUGCUGUGAAGGAGAAGCAAGAACUAUUGGCAUAUGUGAAUAUGUUACAGUCACAACUGAAAAGGCAACAGGUUGAUGAUGCUAAACAGGUCUUUGAGGAGAAGACCGAGUCUUGCUCAAGUAAUGCUAAUAAUCUCCCAGAAACAAAGCAUAUGGAUCCAUCAGAGGAGAACGUGGACAAAGCUUGUUUAAGCGUCUCGAGAGCUAUUGAACCCGUGCCUACAGAGAGCGUUGUUCAUCUAGCAGUUGACCAAACCAAUCAUCAGCAGCCGAUUGGAGACAGUGAAUGGAGUGAUAUUCAACCAACAGAAUCGAGGAUAGCUGAUGUAAGAGAGGUUGCACCCGAUACAGAAGGGAGCAGCUUGGAUAUACCCGUUGUCAGUUCACCCGUAAACACACACCAGGAGCAAGGCCCAAACUCCUCUCAUCAGCCAUAGGUUUUUGAUACUGGGAAAGGAGUUAAUUUUUAGUAAUUGGGAGAGCCAUCCAUAGGUUAAUCCGUGAGUAAAUGCGAGCACUUUGAUGAUCUUUCACCUUGCACCUUUGUAUUACAUUUGUGAUUUGCUAUUAGCCUGCUAUACAUGUGCAUAUUGUCCUUGUUCUUCCUGGUUUUAUUCUUUUUGUCAUGCUUAGAGGAUAGGAAUAAACUGAUGAUGAACUUUAAAAUUUGUGAUAAGAAUACAGAAGUGUCAUCUACGGUCGUCGUUCAUGAUCGCUGGAUUCUGAUUUAUAUUAUUCAA